CGUUAAACCCACGAUACUGAGCCAUGAGAUCCACCAAACCAAGCCCAGUUAGUAACGAUACGACGACACGCAAAUUAUGCUACUAAACCAUGACGGACUUAUGUAGGCCAAUGGAGACAAACACGCAACCAUGCUCGCAACAGAGCGCUUCAUGCUGGAGUCACGACCACUGGUAUGGAUAUCAUAUAUCUCUAGCGGAUGGUUCAUGCGAGACUGUCCAUUCGACCGCGCCGCAGUCACUCGAAAGAAUAGAAUACUCCGCUGCCAACCCUUCAAAGCCUCAAUAUUCUUCAUAUCUAAUAAGGCAGACGCCUGUGGGAGACACGACAAAGGAGAAUCAGUCUUGUAAGAUUGCGAAAGAUUGCAAGACCUUUCCGCACAAAGCGCAGGCUAUCCUUGCUCAACGGUUCACGCAGCGGCUCGCAGACCCAUAUCUUACUAGGCAGGAGAGUGAAGAGCUUGCUGCGCUCACCGAUCUAAGUGUCCGUCAAGUACAAGUAUAUUUCGCUAAUGCUCGUGCGAGGAAGCUCUGUCGAGGACAAGCGAAAGCAUCUGCAGGUACCAAGAGUGUCAAAAAGCUUGGCAAAUAUUCCGACUUGUGUUCUCCACAUUCGAAUCUCGACCCCAUCCAGAACUACAGACCACCGAAGAAGCGUAGACUGAUGACAUCACAGCGCAUUCAGCCUGAUUUUACAGCAUCGCUACUCCGGACACCGUCUUCUCCCGAUCACAUCUUCCAGUGCACUUUCUGUGUGCAGGACUUCAAGCGCAGGUAUGACUGGGAGCGACACGAGCAAACUAUACAUCUCCGCUUGCAGCAGUGGAUCUGCAUGCCCGAAAAGGCUGCAACAUCUCCAUCAAUCGCGAAGAAGACUCAGUGUGUAUUUGGUGGAAUGAACAGCCCCACGUCUUUGCAUCUACAGUCACACGACCUGUGUCAAUGUAUCAAGAAGGAAGAAUCAAGACGUACGUUCACCAGGAAAGACAAAUUCAUUAAGCAUAUUGAAAAUUGCCAUAAGAUUUUCAAUCCGAACGAGGAUAUCUUGUCACGAUUUUCAAAGCCCCAGAUCGAACCCAGUUACUGGUGCGGUAUUUGUGGUUAUCUUCUGAACUCAUGGAAGCACCGUGUUACGCAUAUCUCGGAGCACUUCAAGCGAGGCGAAGACAUGCGUUUUUGGAUGGCUGUCCCAGGUGCUGUGCAGUAUGUCUGUGGCACGUAAAGGCUCCAUCAUUCCUUCAUCGUUUAUGGAGCCAAUCCACGGACAUAGCUGGUAGUACCCUCACGCUCAGCUCCCCCAUCGGUAGUAAGAUCUGCGACCGCCUGGUCUACACGGACAAACGUUGCCAUAUUAAGCAGUGAGGUAGCGACCAGAGCAAGCUCUCCUUCAGGCUGCUUCCUG